GGAGUUGUGCGGGGCGGAAGUGGGCUUUGGCGGCUGAACUUGUUCCGAGCCGCUGCGGGCAGGACUCGGCCGAGCUGGAGGGCGCGGGGGAGCGGGGCUCGGGCGGCCCCCGAGGCCCCGGGGAGCGAGCUUCUGCGGCGUCCAGCGCGACAUCGGCGGAGCGGGGAGGGGAUGGGGCGCCGAGCCGGGCGGCGGCCGGGGCCUCGGCCAUGUUCGCUGGGCUGCAGGACUUGGGCGUGGCCAACGGCGAGGAUCUGAAGGAGACGCUGACCAACUGCACUGAGCCGCUCAAGGCCAUUGAGCAGUUCCAGACAGAGAAUGGCGUGCUGCUGCCUUCUCUGCAGUCGGCCCUUCCCUUCUUGGACCUGCACGGGACACCGCGGCUGGAGUUCCACCAGUCGGUGUUUGAUGAGCUCCGGGACAAACUGUUGGAGCGAGUGUCAGCUAUUGCUUCAGAGGGGAAGGCUGAGGAAAGGUACAAGAAGCUGGAAGACCUACUGGAGAAGAGCUUUUCUUUGGUCAAGAUGCCAUCCUUGCAGCCAGUGGUGAUGUGUGUCAUGAAGCACCUGCCCAAGGUUCCUGAGAAGAAGCUGAAACUGGUGAUGGCUGACAAGGAGCUCUACCGGGCCUGCGCUGUGGAGGUGAAGCGGCAGAUCUGGCAGGACAACCAGGCACUCUUUGGGGAUGAGGUCUCCCCAUUGCUAAAGCAGUACAUUUUGGAAAAGGAGAGUGCGCUCUUCAGCACAGAGCUUUCAGUCCUGCACAACUUCUUCAGCCCUUCCCCCAAGACCAGACGCCAGGGUGAGGUGGUGCAGAAGCUGACGCAGAUGGUGGGCCGGAACGUGAAGCUAUAUGACAUGGUGCUGCAAUUCUUGCGGACGCUCUUCCUGCGCACACGGAACGUGCACUAUUGCACGCUGCGAGCUGAGCUGCUCAUGUCCCUGCAUGACCUGGAUGUGGGUGACAUCUGCACUGUGGACCCUUGCCACAAGUUCACCUGGUGCCUGGACGCCUGCAUCCGAGAGCGGUUUGUGGACAGCAAGAGAGCACGGGAGCUGCAGGGCUUUUUGGAUGGAGUGAAGAAGGGCCAGGAGCAGGUCCUCGGGGAUUUGUCCAUGAUCCUGUGUGAUCCGUUCGCCAUCAACACGCUGGCGCUGAGCACCAUCAGACACCUGCAGGAGCUGGUUGGCCAGGAGACGCUGCCCAGGGACAGCCCAGACCUGCUGCUGCUGCUCCGGCUUCUGGCGCUGGGCCAGGGUGCCUGGGACAUGAUCGACAGCCAGGUCUUCAAGGAGCCUAAGAUGGAGGUGGAGCUCAUCACCAGGUUCCUGCCGAUGCUUAUGUCCUUUGUGGUGGAUGACUACACCUUCAACGUGGACCAGAAACUUCCGGCUGAGGAGAAAGCCCCCGUCAUGUAUCCAAACACGCUUCCUGAGAGCUUCAUCAAGUUUCUGCAGGAGCAGCGCAUGGCCUGCGAGGUGGGUCUGUACUACGUCCUGCACGUCACCAAGCAGAGGAACAAAAACGCUCUCCUGCGCCUGUUGCCGGGGCUGGUGGAGACCUUUGGGGAUCUAGCCUUCAGCGACAUCUUCCUUCACCUGCUCACGGGGAACCUGGCACUGCUGGCUGAUGAGUUUGCCCUGGAAGAUUUCUGUAGCAGCCUCUUCGAUGGCUUCUUCCUGGCUGCCUCACCAAGGAAGGAGAAUGUGCACCGCCAUGCGCUGCGACUUCUCAUCCACCUGCACCCCCGAGUGGCCCCUUCCAAGCUGGAGGCCUUGCAGAAGGCCUUGGAGCCCACAGGACAGAGCGGAGAGGCUGUGAAGGAACUUUACUCUCAGCUUGGUGAGAAGCUGGAGCAGCUGGACCAUCGGAAACCCAGCCCGGCCCAAGCCGUGGAGACACCUGCCCUGGAGCUGCCUCUCCCUAGUGCACCCACCCCUGCUGUGCUCUGACGCUUCUCAGGCGCCCCUCCUGGACAGCCAGGAGAGCCAAGAGAGAAGGCUCCCCUUUGGACCUGGGAGUACAGGCAGAGUGGCUGCUCCUAAGGAUGGGGGAGGGCUGCCGUUUACAUGGUGGGAUCCACGUCUUGCCCCAGGGUCCUGGCUGGCUCUGGGGAACACAGCCCCACUUGUUCCUUUGUAGCUGUGAAACACUUUUCAGGUGUUAGUGGCUGUAGCAGAGAUGGAUGGACAGUAGUAGGAAUUAGAAAAAAAAUCACCUGUUUUCCAAGGGACAAAGAUGGGGCCUGAGCCAAGGGGGAGCAGAGCCUCCCCAGGGGCUGGAGGGGCAAGUGUGGAGCCACCUUGUCAGCACAAAUUGGCAACAGCCCAGGGUUUCCUGGUCACUGUCUGCGAAGGUAGAGCCACGCCUUCUAUUGAGUGUGAGGGCCAUGUGGAUGGUCCCUGCCGACCAAAGGCCUGGCAGCUGCCUUCUCUUCCCCACAGUGCCAUGUGGCAGAUGUGUGGGAGACAUGGCAAAGAAAGCCCAGGCCUCACAGGCUGCCUUGGUUUACUUUUAGAGCUUAGGGCUCCUCCCGCACUAUCUCCACCUGCCACAGGCUGGUGUACAUGGUGAGAUUUCACUUAAUGUAAAUAAAAGGCAUUUUGGUAAAUCCA